GCCGAAAUGCACUUCUUUGUGGGGGAAUCGGCACCUCGAUCUCCCACGUCGCCGUCUGUCACGGAGCGCGAACUGUGUCAUGGCGAUGACGGCGAGCAGAGCUUAGGGCUCACGGCCAGCGAAGCGCCGAGAUACGCUGGGGAGACGGUAAAGAAUGGGCAAGAAGGGCGUGCCCGAGUGGCUCAAUAGCUCGAUCUGGUCCUCGUCGACCUCUUCCUCCGCCGCUACCGUGGCUGCCGCUUCACAUCCUGCCGAUCGCUCACCCCGAUCGUUGCCACCUCCGAAGCACGAACCACCUGUGCAAGCUGUAAUCCCUGAGCCUCCGCCUUCCCCUCGCCCUGCUCCGCCUCCUCCUCCGCCUCCGCGGGAGGCCCCGAGACCCUCCUCCGGAACCCUUUCGGGCGAUCCGAACCCUUCGAGGUUGUCGGAGGAGGACGUCUCUCGCCAGUCCCAGCUCUUAUCCGAACUAUCGAAGAAGGUUAUAAAUAUCGAGGAACUACGAAGGUUGGCCUCGCAGGGCAUUCCGGAUGGAGCUGGAAUUCGAUCUACUAUAUGGAAGCUCCUCCUAGGUUAUUUGCCUAGAAACCGAGAAUUGUGGGGUCAAGAAUUAGACAGGAAGCGGGUUCAAUACAAUGAUUUUAGGGAAGAGUUUUUGGUGAAUCCGUCAGAAGUGGCAUGGAGAAUGGAGGAAUCUUGUCGCCAGAAAAAUGAAGAGUUGGGAAGUGGAGGCCAUGGCUUUCUAACAAGAUCCGGAAUAACACAUGAUGAGCAUCCUUUGAGCCUAGGGAAAACUAGUGUGUGGAAUCAGUUUUUCAAGGAUGCGGAGAUCAUAGAGCAGAUUGACAGAGAUGUAAAGCGCACUCAUCCUGACAUGCAAUUUUUUAAUGGUGAUUCUUCCUUUGCAGUGUCUAAUCAGGAGGUCAUGAGGCGCAUACUCAUUAUAUUUGCAAAGCUGAAUCCAGGAAUAAGAUAUGUACAAGGGAUGAAUGAAAUUUUAGCGCCUCUUUUUUAUGUUUUCAAAAAUGAUCCAGAGGCAAAUAAUGCUGAAUAUGCUGAAGCUGAUGCUUUCUUUUGUUUUGUUGAGUUACUGAGUGGGUUCAGGGACAAUUUCUGUCAAAAACUUGACAAUAGUGUAGUUGGAAUUCGUUCUACAAUCAGUAAACUGUCUGAGCUACUCAAGAAGCAUGAUGAAGAGCUUUGGCGUCAUCUUGAAGUCACAACCAAGGUCAAUCCCCAGUUCUACGCUUUCAGAUGGAUUACACUGCUUUUAACACAGGAGUUCAACUUUGCUGACAGCCUUCACAUUUGGGAUACACUCUUAAGUGAUCCUGAAGGUCCUCAGGAAACCCUACUAAGAAUAUGUUGUGCCAUGCUGAUACUCGUCAGAAGACGCCUCUUGGCUGGGGAUUUCACAUCCAACCUUAAACUCUUGCAGAAUUAUCCAUCAACAAACAUCAGCCAUCUCCUCUACGUUGCAAAUAAACUUCGUGGAUCUUCAGCUGGUUGAGUUCUGGUAUGGGGCCUGUUCAGUUAUUGACAUUUUCUCUCAUCUGUAAAUUGUUAUAAAUUGCUAGAUCUGUUUUAAAAAGCAAGUUUGAGCACAAGGACAUUUCUGAUUGUGCUUUCUUAUUAUUUAGUGCGAGAUAUUACAUGCGAUCUUUCAUUGUGUUUAAAUUGCCAAAAAUUAGUGUGAACCAUCGGUUGUAGAAUUAUUUCUUCUUA